AUGAGACGAAAUUGAUAAUUUUAAAUAUAUCUGCGACUUGGCGCCCACAAUUCCGUGAUUAUUCGAUUGCUUAUCGAUAGUCGUUAUGCUGAUAACCCAACGAUCGGCUUGUUAUGCAAGCAACAGGUGAUACCAGUCAUUCUUGAGUGGAUUCGCCAUACCGCACUUGUGAAUUAAUUAACCAAGAUGUCCACCCGAAUGCUGCAGGCCACCCGCCGCUUGUGCGCUCAGGAAUUCUCGCGCAGAUCCUACAGCUCCAAGAUUCCCGAGGUGGUGGUUGUCUCGGCCGCCCGUACGCCCAUCGGAAGCUUUCAGAGCCAGCUUGCGCCUCUGAGUGCUACCCAGCUGGGGGCCACUGCCAUCGAUGCGGCGAUCCAGCGAGCAGGAAUCGCCAAAACCGAUGUCCAGGAAGUGAUUAUGGGCAAUGUGGUGUCUGCAGGACUGGGCCAGGCUCCAGCCCGUCAGGCGGCUAUCUUUGCUGGACUACCCACAAACGUUUGCUGCACUACCGUCAACAAGGUGUGCUCUUCUGGAAUGAAAUCCGUGAUGCUGGGCGCACAGUCCUUGCAACUCGGCUACGCGGAUGUGGUCGUGGCCGGCGGUAUGGAGUCGAUGUCAAAUGUGCCAUAUUAUCUCAAGCGAGGUGCAACUCCCUACGGCGGUGUUAAGCUUGUCGAUGGUAUUGUAUUCGAUGGUCUCUGGGAUGUUUACAACAAGUUCCACAUGGGCAACUGUGCCGAGAACACAGCCAAGAAGCUGGAAAUCACUCGCCAGCAACAAGAUGAGUUUGCCAUCGAGUCUUACAAGCGAUCCGCUGCCGCGUGGAGUAACAAAGUCUUUGCAGAUGAAAUUGCUCCGGUCAAAAUCCAGCUGAAGAGGAAGCCAGAGGUCACCAUUACCGAGGAUGAGGAGUACAAGAGGGUGAACUUCGACAAGUUUGGUCAGCUCGCCACAGUAUUCCAAAAGGAGAACGGCACGGUUACGGCCGGAAAUGCUUCAACCUUGAACGAUGGUGGAGCGGCCGUGGUCCUGAUGACCGCUGAGGCGGCUCAGAAGGCUGGCGUCAAGCCUCUUGCCAGGAUUGUAGCUUUCCAGGAUGCCGAAACCGAUCCCAUUGACUUCCCCAUUGCUCCUGCCUUGGCCAUCCCCAAGCUCUUGGAGCGCGCCUCCGUGAAUAAGCAGGAUGUGGCCUUGUGGGAGAUCAACGAAGCCUUCUCUUUGGUAGUGCUUGCAAAUAUCAAGAAGCUGGAUGUGGACCCAGCCAAGGUGAAUGUGCAUGGCGGUGCCGUGUCCAUAGGCCAUCCGAUCGGCAUGUCUGGAGCCCGUUUGGUUGCCCAUCUAUCGCACAGCUUGAAGAAGGGCGAACUGGGAUGUGCCUCCAUCUGCAACGGCGGCGGUGGUGCCUCCUCCAUUCUCCUGGAGAAGCUCUAAAUUUGGACCAGUCUCUCGAAACCAGAAAUGCAUUUACCUAUUAUACGACUAUUUACAGUGCAAAGGUCAAUCGGAAUAUUUUUCGAAAUUGUAUGAGUAUGUCCGAGCAUUUAUUGACAUAUUGUGAUUUGCAUAAUAAAAUUAUGAAAUAAUAUAGAAA